UUGGUAACAGGUUUCGUGGCAAAGUCGUUGCUGAACAUUUCAGCACUGCCGACCCAGCUGACACGAGCGCCGCCCGCGACCUGGAAGCCGGUGACAAGCCCAAGUUGGCUUCCAGCCCACAGGCCUUCGCCGCCCUUCUCUACGGUGUCAGCGAUAGCAUCUGCGCCGCUGUCUACGUCGGCAGCGAAGCUCUCGGCAGGGGCCUUGAGAAUGGGCACGAGCUGAGGGCUGUUCCCCAGAGCGUGGGGGACCCCGGAGAACCACACAGGCGUGUUCGAGGAGACGAUGUGCGAUGCAGGAACCGGGACGGGGACGACGGUCAGAGGCUCUUCGCGCUCAGGGAAGAACGAGACCAGUGGGGUGCUGGGCGGCGGGAGAAUGAGAUUGAACUCGGCUGCGAGAGACGCUAGAGGGGUCUGCUUUUGGGAGAGUGUGAGGAUGAGGUUCGUGCCGCUCGACGCAAGUUUCGUCUCAGGAAUCAACGCGUCGGACAACACGUACUUUUGGUUUCAGAUGAGAGCACGAUGAUAUGAGAGAACGUAGGAACGUCGAACUCAAAGACGGGCGGCGUCUGAUCCUUGGGAACGCGGAACGUCAGUUCAUAUCCCUGAUCUUUGAGACUAUCGAAGAAUAUACUGUAGUCCUUCUGCUUCGCUUCCUCAACUACGACGAGCACCGAGUCUCCGGUGCUGGACUUGGCAUGCAAAAGUCCUGACAGGCCGAGGCAGAAUACGACGAAGGUGAAUAAUGAUUGCAUGGGUCCGAAGUUCCAGCCAGCACGACAGACCGGAUGUCGGAGGCCAAAGAGAAUGGAGGGUUCCAACUAGAGGAUGUGGUCGCACAGAGUUCCACGUCAG